CUCGUGAUAGGGAGGAAAGGUUAUUCAAGCAAAGGUGCAGAAACGAACCUAUUGUGAUUGCAGGACUAGAAAGGUAUCCCCACAAUUUGCAUGAUUUGGACAUAAUGACAGCUGAAGAUUCCACGGCUAGAAUGAGCAACGAUUCCUCCAGCAUGCCAACAAACAAAAUGCCCGAAGGUGUCGCUGGCACACCUAAUGAGUCUGCGCUGCUGGCACUGAUAGAGCGCACUGGAUAUACCAUGGUUCAAGAGAAUGGGCAACGCAAAUAUGGUGGCCCACCUCCAGGCUGGGAAGGGCUGCAUCCUCCUCGUGGUUGCGAAGUCUUUGUCGGUAAAAUUCCCCGUGACGUCUACGAAGACGAACUGGUCCCUGUAUUUGAAUCUGUAGGCCGAAUCUACGAAAUGCGCCUGAUGAUGGAUUUUGAUGGGAAAAACCGUGGGUACGCCUUUGUCAUGUACACUCAAAAACACGAAGCCAAACGUGCCGUCAGAGAGCUGAACAACUAUGAAAUCCGUCCCGGCAGGCUGUUAGGGGUGUGUUGCAGCGUUGAUAAUUGCAGGCUGUUCAUUGGAGGGAUCCCCAAGAUGAAAAAAAGGGAAGAGAUUUUAGAAGAGAUCUCCAAAGUGACGGAAGGUGUGCUAGAUGUCAUUGUGUAUGCCAGUGCAGCAGACAAGAUGAAAAACAGAGGAUUUGCCUUUGUGGAGUAUGAAAGCCACAGAGCGGCAGCGAUGGCAAGGAGGAAACUGAUGCCUGGGAGAAUCCAACUUUGGGGCCACCAGAUUGCAGUCGACUGGGCAGAGCCUGAAAUAGACGUUGAUGAAGAUGUCAUGGAGACCGUAAAAAUCCUGUAUGUGAGGAAUUUAAUGAUUGAAACCUCAGAGGAUACAAUUAAAAAAGUCUUCGGCCAGUUCAACGCUGGCUGUGUAGAACGAGUUAAAAAGAUACGAGAUUACGCCUUUGUACACUUCACGAGUCGGGAAGAUGCAGUUCAUGCCAUGAAUAACCUCAACGGCACUGAACUUGAAGGAUCCUGUCUGGAAGUUACCUUAGCCAAGCCAGUUGAUAAAGAGCAGUAUACCCGUUACCAGAAAGCGGCAAAAGGUGGAGGAACCAGUGAAGUUACUCAACAGCCAAAUUAUGUUUACUCUUGUGAUCCCUAUACGCUAGCAUAUUAUGGCUAUCCGUACAAUGCUCUGAUUGGUCCAAAUCGAGAAUAUUUUGUGAAAGCAGGCAGCAUUAGAGGCAGAGGACGAGGUGCGGCAGGCAACAGAGCCCCUGGCCCGAGAGGUUCUUACCUGGGGGGAUAUUCCGCAGGCCGUGGCAUAUAUAGCAGAUAUCACGAAGGGAAAGGCAAGCAGCAAGAAAAAGGAUAUGAGCUUGUUCCUAAUUUGGAGUUGUCUGCGGUCAGUCCAGUUGCCAUUAAGCCUGGCGCAGUGGCAAUGCCGGCUCUUGGAACCCAGUAUUCCAUGUUUCAAGCAGCUCCAGCAGCUAAGAUGAUAGAAGAUGGAAAAAUCCACGCCAUGGAGCACAUCCUCAGUCCCAUUGCAGUCCAGCAGGACCCGGCUAGCGCAGCAGCAGCAGCAGCUGCCGCCGCUGUCAUACCUGCUGUUUCGACCCCUCCUCCUUUUCAGGGCCGCCCCAUAACUCCUGUGUACACCAUGGCUCCAAAUAUGCAGAGAAUUCCCGCCGCAGGACUCUACGGUGCAAGUUACGUCCCAUUUGCUGCUCCUGCUGCUGCAACAGCGACGAUAGCCACUCUACAGAAGAACGCAGCUGCUGCUGCUGCCGCCGCUGCCGCCUACGGUGGAUAUGCUGGCUAUAUCCCUCAAGCAUUUCCAGCUGCAACUAUCCAGGUUCCAAUACAUGACAUCUACCAAACCUAUUGAGACC